CAGAGCGGGGAUCUGGCCGCGGGUGGCGAGAGCGCUGCCGGCGCCGUGGGGGCCACGCCGGUGUUGGCCCCGACGGCGCCCCAGGGACCUGAGAACUCCGUCCCGGGCCGAUGUCCCAGGUGAGCGGCCAGCGCACCCCUCGCUGCGACACACCCCAUGGAGCCCCAAGCGCAGCCCCGGGCCCAGCCCAGACCCUACCCCUCCUACCUGGGCUGGAGAUAGUAACAGUAUCCACUCACCCCGAGGAGGCAGCGCCAGAGGAGGGCUCCCUGGAAGAAGCAGCAUCCCCCAUGCCCCAAGGCAAUGGCCCUGGAGUCCCCCUGGCCGUGGACAGCACUGACCUCGAUGUCCUCACAGAAGCUGUGACAUGCCAGCCGCAGGGGAACCCCUUGGGCUGCACCCCACUACUGCCGAAUGGCUCUGGCCACCCCUCAGAGCUGAGCGGCACCAGGCGGGCAGGGAAUGGUGCCCUGGGUGGCCCCAAGGCUCACCGGAAGCUGCAGACACACCCAUCUCUGGCCAGCCAGGGCAGCAAGAAGAGCAAAGGCAGCUCAAAGUCUGCCACCUCCCAGAUCCCCCUCCAGGCGCAGGAAGGUAAGUGCCCGCCCGUCCCCGGGAGGAGCCCCCACAGCUGGUUGCUCAGAGCAUGGUCCACACACCAUCAGCAGAAGCUCAGCCUCCCUCCAGACUGCCUGCGCUGGAACCCCACUGAGAAGUGCCUGCCCCCACCCCCCCAUCCCCGGGCCUCGGGCUCGCCCUGCACACCCGGGCGGGGCGGCCGUGAGCUUACUGCACCCCGCGCACUGGGCGCCCUGCGGUCCUGCGGUGCGGGUCUCCGUGCCCCUGCCCAGGCACCCACCCUCGCCCGCCCGCCCUCCCGCCGCCCCCCUGGGGCCCCUUCCGCCCCCGCCGCCCCCUGCCUCUGCUGCUGCUGCUGCGGCUCGGGCGAGUGCGCCGACUGCGACCUGCCCUGCGACCUGGACUGCGGCAUCCUGGACGCCUGCUGCGAGUCCGCCGACUGCCUGGAGAUCUGCAUGGAGUGCUGCGGGCUCUGCUUCUCCUCCUGACCUGCCGGGGUCCCGCAGCGCCACGCGAAGCUUGAGAAGCCCCUCCCCUCGGCCCUCUCCCACCCUCCCAGUGUCCUCUAGAACCCCAGGCCUGGAGAGAGGGGAGCACUCCGAGGGGCCACCUCAGCCUUGGGAGCUGGGCCCACGGCAGAGAAUCCUGUCCUCGCUGGGCUGUGGGGGACAGACCGCACCGAGGACCUGGCAGGGUGGGGGCAGCCCGGGGCCAGCUGCCAGGGCUACAGAACACUGUGAAAGUCAGGGGAGGGGCAGGGCCGUGGGGGGCAGGCUGGUGGGCGUGCCUCUCUCUCUCUCCCGCUCCAGAUGCCGCUUCCCCCCUGCCCAGCUUACCAGAGGGCAAAAUGUGAAAAGAGACACCCACCCCGCCCUGGGCUGCCGGGCCCUCCCCAACCUCCUUUCCCAGGCUCUGGUGGGGGCCUAACCCGUGCAGUGACCGGGUGUAGGGUUGGGGCGGGGUGGGAGGUGGUACAGUAUGGAAAAGACUGGAAGGGGCAGGGCGGGAAUGGAGGGA